AUGAAUUGUAAAGUACCGACUGCCGUCCUUAUUGUACUUCUUUUGGCAUCUCGUCUUUAUCUCCAACCUAUUUAUUCUCUAAUCUCAGAUUGUGAUGAGACUUUCAAUUAUUGGGAACCAUUAAACCUACUAGUGAGAGGAUUUGGGAAACAAACAUGGGAAUAUUCUCCAGAAUAUUCCAUAAGAUCAUGGGCAUUUCUUUCUCCAUUAUAUGUUUUGUUAUAUCCGUUUAAUAAAUAUCUGGUUGCUCAUAAUUUACCUUCCAGCUGGAAUUUUUAUUUGAUAAGAAUCUUCUUAGGCUUAGUAAGUGUGGUACUGGAAAUUAAGGCUUACAGAGAAAUCCGUAGAACAUUGAAUGGACAAGUGGCUAAUAUCUGGUUAUUUUUCCAAAUUUUUAAUCCAGGUUGGUUCCAUGCAUCAGUUGAAUUAUUACCUUCCACAUUAGCUAUGGUAUUAUACUUAGGAUCUAUAAAACAUACUCUACGCUAUUUAUCAACGAAAUCAACUCCAAAUUUUGUGGCAAGUCUAACUUUUAAUUUCCUUUCUUCCAUCCUAGGCUGGCCAUUCGUUCUGGUCCUGAGUUUACCUCUAUGCUUCCAAUAUCUCUUUACGCAUAGAAUUAUUACGACUAUCAGAACCGUGUUUGAUUCAUCUCUAGUAAUUGUAUUACUUACUGCUAUCGUCAUUGGUAUUGACUCUGCAUUCUACGGUAAGAUUACCCCAGUUUCAUGGAAUAUUCUUUCUUAUAAUGUUCUCAAUACAACAGAGGAAUCGGGUCCUAAUAUCUUUGGUGUUGAACCAUGGAAUUACUAUAUUCAGAACCUUAUUUUGAACUUCCCAAUUCCUGUAUUGUUUUUCGCAAUUAUAGGUGUAUUCCAUCGUUCCCUAUGGACCCUAUGGUUAUCAUUAGUAUUAUGGAUUGCAAUCUUUACAAAACAACCACAUAAGGAGGAAAGAUUCAUGUAUCCAAUUUACUCUGUAAUUACAUUGAGUGCUAGUAUUGGACUUUACAACGUUUUAAAGACAGUAAAAAAAUUAAGAAUAAACAACAUAAAAUGUAUAACAAAAUCACUUAAAUGGCUUACUAUCCUAUUGACUGCGUUACAAGCUAUUUCACGCACGAUUGCAUUAACGAAAAAUUAUACCGCUCCAUUGAAAUUAUUUGAUCAAUAUAACCGAAUUGCGUCUAAUAAGGAUUCCUUAACCAACAUAUGUAUGGGUCGCGAAUGGUACCAUUACCCAAAUUCUUUUUUCUUACCUUCGACAAGUAGGUUAAGAUUUGUUAGAUCUGGAUUUGAUGGAUUAUUACCUGGUGAUUUUGCAGAAACUGGCAGUCUUUUCCAAAAUAUCAGAGAGAUUCCAAAGGGAAUGAACAAUAUGAACAAAUUUGAUCCAGAAAAACUAGUACCAAUAGAUGAAUGUCAAUAUGUCAUCGACAUAACGCUUCCCGUUGACCUUGAAAAGGAUACUUUUGAUCCAAUAAAUCAAAAUGCUGAAUGGAACGAGAUUGCAUGUAGAAAAUUUGUGGAUAUUGACAACUCAAGGAUUAUUGGUAGAACGUUUUAUAUACCGGAUUAUUUGGUUGCAUCAUUGAGAAAAUACUUGCCUUCCGGGUUGAAUUCAUAUCUUGAUGCUGUCUAUAAUGCCGAAUAUGUGGAUUAUUGUCUGUAUGAGAGAGCUCAUAUAGAUACAAAUGAUUCAGCUGAAUCCAAUGAUAAAUGA